AUGAAUAAAAUCAGGCUAGAAUCUAACGAUAUAACGUUAGAUUGCGAAGAGCCUGUGACUAUUGAAGAAAAUGGAAAUUUUCAAUCAAUAGGAUCACACAGGCAUUUAAAAUAUUACAAAGGGAAAUCAAUGACCUCAUUCAAAGUUCUACUGAUUAUUCUUUUGUUUUAUUUUGUUGGUUUUAGUGAGGCCCAUGCUGGGAAUCCCAUAAUGAAAGGGUCGAGGAACGCCGAUUUAAUGGACAGUUUCGCAGAUGUGGAUUUGACCAGGCAUAAUCCCUUUCAGUUAUUUGAAAGUCCAACGAAGAGACCGAGAUUUAAGGUGGCCAAACCUCCUAAAUCUCGUAGAAAAUAUCAGUCUUCAGACUCGGACUCAGAUUCAGAUUCGGAUUCUGAUAGUUCUGACUCGAGCGACAGCGAUUCGGAAACAACAGACAAUAGGCUUUCAUCACAGGAACCACUUUCCCCGGAAGCAAAAAAGGCCUUUAAUUCAUCUAAACGCCGCCGUGAAAGGCCGCAACCAAGGCCUCGAGGGUCAAGGGAACAGGCUUUGUCCGGUCCGUUUGCGAAAAGAUUAGCUAGACCUGUCGAGAGUGAUGUUACUCCUUUUACACCGCUAAAAGAAAAUGCAACUAAAGAAACUCCUCCACAAGAGGACAGGACACCUAGGCCUCCUACACAAGAGAGUAACGUAGAAGAUCAAGAUGAUUACCAAUUACCAGAUUCAACCGGAAAAACUAUGCCAAAUGAGUCUUCCCCAGUGGAAAGUACAAAUAAUGAAACAAAUCAACUAGUGGAUAUACCAUACGUAGACAAUAAUCCAUUAGGUCCACCCGCUGAAGAAGGUUCUGUUUUAAAACCUGGAAAAAACAGUCUAUUUAGAGAUUUAUCAAAUGAAGAGAAUCAACAGCAAAGCCCGCCCACAGGAGAGAGUCCAUUGGGGAAUCAACCUAAUUGGCAAAAUCCACUAGAAAAUACAGUUCCUCAACCAAACGCAUGGGUAAACCCAAAUACUCAAGUUAACCCAGAGGUAACCACACCCAAAGAAUCUAAUCAGGUUGAAAAUCUUCCUAGUGGACCAAACCCAGUAGAAAGCACUGCUACGGGAGCCAAUCCAGUUGAAAAUGCUCCUAAAGAAGCAACCCCUGUGGAAAACAAGACGCCCGAAUUUACUCCAGUAGAAAGUAAUCCAAGUGUUCCGUUGCCUAAUAACCCUUUACAAGGAACUACUCCACAAUUAAACCCAGUGGGAAGUGCUCCUACCGUGCCACAACCAAAUCCUCCUGUACAAAAUAAAAAUGCUGAACCGGCCUCAGCAGUGGAAAAUACAAACUUGAAUGAGAAUGCAGCCCCGCCCUCGGUGGAAAAAACUCCCAAAAUGAAUGAGUCACCAAGUCUAUUUCCAGCUCAAACUCCUAAAUCAGAUGUGUGGGAUGUCACGGAGUCUGUAACAGGCCCCUCUGCUAACAUAUUUACCUCAGGCUCAAAGCCAAGUUUCUUUAACAAGAAUGAGGUUAAACCAAGCAAUGGGCUGACUACUGAAGAUGACUUUGACCUCCAGGAAGUGGAAAGAGUCAACACGAACACAAUAGAUCCUCGUAUAACUCAGCAAAUAGAUAACGAGUGGUUGAGGAAGCAGAAGCAGUCUCAAAUGAUAGGUACACAAAUACCAGUAGCAACAUCCUACGAGUAUAACAGAGCAGCGCACGUGUUGGAACCGAAAUUUGAAUCGCCAAAGCUUCUAGGUGGUAUAAUACAGACGCUUACCGACAAGGAAUCGAAGCUGCGUAGAAUGGAGAAGAGGAAGCUUAAAAUACAGCACGACCUUAACCUGUAUAUAUCGAAGGAAUCGGCUAACGUGGUUAACAUGUUGAACAACGGAGAAGUAAACAAGCUGCAGAAGGUGCACCCACUGGUGUACAUGAGGUUGCAGGAGGUGUUUCAGACACAGCACGCCCUGGACGCAGUGGUGAAAAAGGACGGAGAAAAGGUGAAGAAGUACGACAAGAGCUGGUACCUGAACUCGACACCAACAGCUAAAGCGAGUUUCAUAGAGGAGAUAAGAAGGUAUUCAAAGGACACGGAUCUGUACGGAAAGUUUAAUAGACCUAAGAAGGUAGACGAGAGCAAAGAGAAUGUGUACAAAAAGUUGGAGCUGUUCCACAACGACUACAUUUGCCAGAGAGUAGUCCGAGAGAAUCAGUACUCACAGAAGGUUCUUAGGUCCCUUGAACAGCAGUCAGGUCUCUACGUGGCGCCAUUUUACCACAACGUUGUGCCAGGGCUGGGAAACCUGUGGCUGAUGAAAAACUUUGAAAAAUACUACAUGGAGGCAGUGAGAUCGAAAGUGACGACGUUUGGAAAGAUAGCACCGCUCCUGGUUGGAAAGUUCAUGCUCAUGGUAGAAAACGGAACCAUACUGCCAUCUACACCGAGUUCACAAGUAGCAAUCCACGCGUUAACAAUAAUGCUGGCUCUGAUCAUGGACGGAGUGAAGGAGCCUUCGAUGUUCCUUGGAAAGAAUAAAUUCUACGGAUUCAUGUCACUGUGUGACUCGAACUGCGUAGACCUGAUCUUCGAGGAGAAGGGUAAAAAGGAUGAUUUGGCUUCGAAGCAAGUAGAGUUCCUGAAGUGGGUGUUGACGUUCCACUCUGAGGAUUUGAUACUUAUAGACACUUACGCACAGAGAAUAGUGCUGAAUAACAUGUAUGCAGUGACUAGAGAGGACAUAUACAGAACGUCGCCAAGGAACAUACAACUGAGAAUACAGUCGGAAUUUUCAUCUCCAUCUAGAGGCAGGAGAGGGUCGUUCCUAGAACUAAAAGAGGAAGAUAAAGACAAAGAUGAGGAUGGAGAGACUACAGAUGACAGCAAGGGUUCUGAUUCAUUUGUGGAAUUGGAGAGUGAGUUGACGAAUAACCGUGAAGCGGAACUGAGAGAUUAUAACAGAAGGUUGUUAGAAGAACAUGGAGAAAAAAAGAGACAGGAGUACAGGAAGAUGCAACUAGAAAAGGUACUGGAACAGCAAAGGAAAGAAGUGCAAAAACAGCAGGAAGCUAAGGAAAAUGACGCGUUCCAAAAGGCAAUGAAGGAAAGGGAGAGGAUACUGAAGAUGGCAGAAGAGAGAGCGUCUAAACCAAAAGCUAGAGAAGAUUCAUCAGGGGAAAAAACGUUAUUUGUAAAGGAGGAUCACCAAAACAGGGAAGAAGAGGAAAAGGAAAAAGAAAGGGAGGAAAAAAAGUCGAACGAUGAUAGAAGCGUAUAUGAAAACGUAAAGAGUAAAUUUGAUUCACUGGGAUCAACAUAUGACCUGUUCCUGAAAAGAUUCAUGAGCGGAUACCACGCACCGGGAAAGGGAGUGGAUUCAGACGGGACAUCGCAGGAAAUAGUGCCAUUUCACGUGUUUGUGCCAUCGAAUAAGCCAUCAGGAGGAUACGAUGGGCAAUUUUUGGACGUGGUGCAGACGUUGACAGAUUUGGUGAAUCUGGCACACAACGACUGUAACGCAUACUACCACAGCCUGAAUACGUUCAUGAUGAUAAGAACGAUUCACGGAGCAGUACACUCAUUUGAGUCAGGGAAGACGAAGAAACUCAGUAGUUCGAGAACACUGGGAUCGCUGUUCAGGUGGCUGAACACGGACUCAAAUAGAUACCUAUCGCAUGUACCAAAAAAAUACCUACCAUUCACAUCACUAUCGCUGCAACUGCUGUUCUUUUUCCAAGAAUUAGUUGAAAGUUACAACUACAGCGUGUCGAAUUACCUGACGAACUUCUUCAGAUCGUUAUCAAAAAAGAAGUCGAACAGGUCGUUCAAGAGGCCUAGAAGAUUCUCGAGCCUGAACCGAGGCCUGGACACAUACGUGAUAUACGAUCAGAGCAACUACAAGGCCUCGCUGGAGACGCUGAAGGAACUGGUGGACAUGUUCAAGGACAAGUUCCUGUCGAAGCCCUCAAUACCCUCACCAAUAAUACAGUACAUGUCAGUGUUCAUAGGACUGUGGGCGCAAUCAGACUCUGAGAAGUUCACGCUGUCUGAGAGAGGAUCGCAAAGGGCGAAGAAGAUGUUCCUUCUGGCGUUCCUGUCAAACCAGACGAGUCUAGCAGACAUGGCGACGAAGAUGGUGCUGAACAACUGCAAAGGACUGAGCACACUGCACCUGGGCUGCGUGUCGAGAGUGUCCUCUAACAACAGGGACUGCAAGCAGAUAUCAGUAAAAGUGAAGCAAAGCAAGCUUCGCAACAUCUUCAGAAUAAUAGAGUCUACAUCAAUAGAUCCUCUGGACGUGAUCAGAAUCGCAUCAGAUACUUGUAGGAGGUGCGCGGCCAAUCUGUCGGUAAGGCCGCACGUGGGAGCACCAGUGGUGAGUUACCUGGAGUUGGAAGAGAAGGACUCGGAAGACGAAAGUUCCGAUAGCUCAUCCGACUCUGAGGACUCUGACGAGAACAGGGCCACUGACAAGGAGUCAAAUAAGAAAUCGGAUAAGGAGAAUAAGGCUGACAAGGAGGGCAAGGAAGAUCAAGGAGAGACCCCAGCGAAUCCAAAAGGUGGUUCUACUGACACAUCUAAGAAGAAGCCCGAAAAGGAAAAGACACCAGAGGAGGAAAUGGAGCUGCCGCACUUUGUUGAUAGACUGAUGCUCCACUCAGAAAUAACACACAGGGUUCACUGUUACGAGACGAGGAAGGAGGUGGUGAAGGCAAUGAUAACAGCACUGUCGGCAGCGAAAGACGAGAUGGAUGCAAAGCAGAUAGUGACAAACGUGUUUGCCCAGUACAGAACAAUCGAGGUGGUGCAGGCCGGAAUGGCGAGCAGCAUACACAGACUGAUAUGCCCAUACAUGAUCGACGCGCCCGAUUCAGUGAGGGUGCCUCUGCAGACGAGCAUAAUAAAGUACGCAGUCAACAAGGUGGCCAAGAAGGCGAGCCUCGACCUGAAUUUCAAGGACAUGUUCAAGGGGCUGAGGAGUAGGGCCGAAGUGCUGUUGCCAACGCCAGACGGGUACGGCCCCCUUCCAGAUAUAGCGGGCUGCGUGUUCGUGGGAUCGAGAAAGUACAACGGAGUGUACUUCGCAGGAGGAUACGCACCCUUCCCGAAGAUAGAAAAGCCCACAAACAUAUUGUUGAAACCGGGAGAGGGGCGCCUGGUGUACGACGGAGACAACUUCGUGCCGGAGCUGAGAGCUCUGAGCGACGUGUCUGACCUGCAGUCAAUCAACGUGGUACACGAGAGAGACUUCGACAGGUACGUGUACCAGGUGAACGGAAAAAAGGGGCCUGUGAUGGUGACCGAGCGCAAGUUCGCACUCGAGUACCCGAACUUCGUGGUGAGAGCCCACGUGAUGGUGACGGCGAAGGCGCUGAUGAAAAUGGGCUUCGACAUGGGAAGAGUGAUAUGGUGCGGAGACAGGUACGGCUGGGUGGCAGACUUCGUGCUGAGCGACGUGGUCCCAGUGUCAGACAUACCAGUAUACAACGGCCACUAUUGGCUGUUGGCAUCGCAAUUGAGUGUGAAGGACCUAGUGGGCUCAGUGCCUGUGAGGUUCGUCAACGAAAAGUACAGACAGCCCACAGCAGUCUCAGUGUCACUGGACGAGGACGAGGAGCACCUGGGCGACAAGCCCGUGAGGGCACUGAACGUGGAAAUAAGAGCCAGCGGAAAGAAGGUCGCCGAGCUCAAGGGCCACGGCAGCGAAAGCGAAGAGUCUCUGAACGACGAGGAAGAGGAGGUCGCCGAGCUGCUGAUGAGUUCGGGCGGGGACAGCGUGAGCGCGACGCCGGGCGCAGUGAAGUCCGUGCGGAGCGCCGUGUUUAACCCCGAGAACCACAAGCUGACGCUGGACCUGGACAUGCCAGACUUCGUCUUUUCUGGCUAG